GAAUAGAAGCAUGUCGGAGCAUGGCGACGCGAACAAACCAUAUUUGAUUAUAGGUCUUUAGUCGGGGUCUGGCGACACGAAUAAACCAUUUAUGUGCUCCCACCUUUACAAACAUCAAAUAUGGCCACGAGAAAAAUUAAUAGUUUGUACUUGUCUUUUAAUAAAAUGUACAAAAAUGUAGCCGUAAAAGAUGCAACGAUGCAACGUACAUAUGCGACUAUGGAUGAUGAUACUUACAUUACUCAUACUGGUCAGGUAUUUGAGAAGGAUGACUAUCGAUUGGUAAGAUUUUUAAAUAGACCAAAGGAAGUUAAUAAAAAUUGGGCGAUUAAAUUGAUAAACGAGAUACCACCAUCUCCUGAAAAAGACAAAAUUGUAGCUUGCAAUGGCGGCGGCGGUCCACUCGGACAUCCUAAAGUAUAUAUAAAUCUGCGUUACCCAGAAAAGGAGAGAGACAACAGAUCUUCCACCGUUCGUGUAGCCCUGCUAACGAUAAACCAGGCAAUCAUACUUGCGGUUAUUGCGGCUUACGUUUCUAUAAGGAGAAUCAUCAUUAAGUGAUUGAAUAUAUGAAUAGUUGUAUUAGUUAUUAAUUUAUAAGUAUACUUUUUAGAAUGUAAUGUUUGUUGCAAUAAAUGUAAAGUAAAACUGUCACAACGCAGUUCAAUUGUAUUUGAAUGUAAUAUGAAAUAUUUAAUAAAUAAUAAACGGAAGCUA